CCGAAGCUCAUAGAACCUAAGUCGAAGGACAUCUGUAUUUUAAGCUCUUAGUCUUAGACUUAGUGAUUUAGAGGGGAAAAGACUUAGUGGAGUUACUAAAAAGGAGUAGGUUCGCAGUUGCAAUUGUGUACGCAAGCGGAGGAGACGGUGUACUUCAUUUCACACCUGCAGGAAUUAAGUAUUUUUCGAAUGGAACUUUUGCCCGCGGAGCUGUAUGGAAAAAUCGACAAGAGGAACCCGGUCGUCUCAUCUUUUGAAAGCGAAAUUAAAGAGUUUACGGUGUUUAUGAAGAGGAUCUCCAGCGCACCAUCCAUCGACCCCCAGUUUUACGCCAAAGGGUCCAAAAAGCUGUUUGAAAUAUGGACCAAGUACAAAGUCCGGCUGCCAGCUCACUACUUUCAGGAGCAAAUGGUGCAAAUUGCUGAUUUUCUCUAUGACAUGAAGCUGUACAGAAUGGCGCUGUGGCAGGGCUAUGACCUCUACCUGCAACAGUACAGCCCUGUGAGCAUGCAGGACAUCACAAACGUGGACUACUUGAAGAGCUCCUUCUUUCAAAAGGGCUUCGAAACAGAUGAAGUCGGACUCAUGUUCCACGCCCUGCAGGCCCGGUGUCUCUGUGCCUUCAAGCUUGAGAAGGAGGUGGAGGAACACCCCAGCCAGAAGGGACUCGGGAGGCUGCAGAGCAUCCUGGACUUUCUACGGAUCCUCAUGCAGGCUGUGCUGCCUUAUGAGAGUCUGUGCUGGGUGCUCUACAAUGGUUCGGUGCAGAUUUACAGCAUCUGCAGGUAUCUUAUGUCCGCCAAUCAUUCUGCUCAGGCCCUCGAUUUCCUCUUGUGGGCCUGCAUGUGCCUGGAGACUUCUGUCCCUCUGCUCACUAUCAGGUUCUUGCCCUGGAGGGCCACGCUCUACUGCGCUGUGUGUCAAUGCUAUUAUGAUUGCCGUGCCGGCCUGCAGGCAGAGGUGUUUGCUCGUCGAGCCCUGGGCAAAGUGAACGAAUUGGCCAAACUUGAGGAGAUGAGCUGUUCACCAGCUUCUAGCGAGACGACGAUGGCCUUCAGAGAAGCGACGAUCAAGCUGGCAGCAAUGUUGUUCAAAAGGGUGGCGUACGAACCCGGGAGAAAGUCCAAAGGAGUCUGCAGACCCAAACAAAAGGGAAUACUGAAGGAGGCCCCAUGGCACCGCACCAUCACCGAACGGCUGCUGAUGGAGAUGUUUGAGGGCCACGCUGCCCAGCUCCUGGCUGUGAUAGAGGCACUGUGGGACACCUCCCAUCGACCGCUCCACACUGGGAUCCCCGAGGAACCUGAGAUGCGGGAAGUGGUCAUGGAGCUGCUGUCGGUGGGGGUCAGCAUCCUCACUGGAAUUGGGGUCUCCAGCGGGAAUGUUAGAGCUGACAAUAUUGACUUUCCCCCUGCUUUGAGUGGGAUUGACCCCUCCUCUACUCUCCUCGAGAUGGCAAAGGCUGGCAAGAAUACUGUUUCGGUGGAAGCUGCAGUCAAAUUUGUGAAGCUCCUCUUUCUGUACGGGCAGUGGGACAUGUUCCGCUGCCUCUCCGGCCUCCUCGUUCCACACCUCAAGAGCUUGGAGGAACUUUCCUUCAUGCGGAUGGAGGUGGAGCUGACUCUGCUGGAGGCCGUGGAGCCCCUGGUUAACAUACAGAAGAGUGAAUACCCAGAUAGAGACAAGCUUGGGGAAGUGAUGUCUGAGUCCAGCAACCUGCUGGCGCUAGCAGAGACUCUUCACACUUCUGUUUGUGGUUCAGCCCAGGACGUCCAACCUGACAGAGAUCUGGUGAUAGACAUCAUGCACUUGUUGUGGGCCAGAUGCAAGGCGGUGAUCCAAAGUGUCCAGAAGGUGCCCUCGCACCCUAAAUGCUGUCCCCCAACACUGGAGAACCAAACUAAGUGGGCUCGGACCCUGUACCUGCUGUGUAAAGUGUCCUUCUCUUACAACUUCGCCCACUUGGAGCCAAUGGCUAUGGCUGAAAUGGCAGUGUUGCUCGCGGCCGUCCUGGAGAGCAACCCCGGCUCUGCGCUCCCACCAGGGAGGAUCACAACGAGACAGGAGAACAGCCAGCGGGUGGCGUCUGCAGACCAGCGAUCCAAUGCUGCUGCCAUUCAUAAAGAAACAAUGGAACAGCUCCAGAUGGUUUUGGAGGUGGUGGAGCAUGCCAUAGAGAGCAUGAACCUGGGUACAGCCCUCUUCUUCCCACGUGAUGGGACGGCUGUGUGUGACACGGCCCGGCUUCGGGUUUGUGCAUGUCCAGUCCUGCAGUCAUAUGGAGGGGAAGAGACUGAAGGCAGUGUGAGUAGUGAAAGGAGCUCUACUGGCAGCUGCAACAUCAUAGCCAUCUCCAAAGAUCUUCACCUUGAGCUCCUGGCAAUCCAGCACAGAGUGGCUCUCAAGCUGCUUGAAGCAUCUACAGGCGAGCCAUCGAAAGCGGACAGUAAAAGGUCACUAACACCCCGUGAAAAUGUGGAGAACCCUGCAGCGAAUACGGAGAGGGCAAGAGCAGAAGCUGCGUUGCUGGAGAAAAUUGGGAAGAACAAGAUAUCCAAGGCUAUGUUCCUCAUGCAGAAGGCUCUUCUCUCUCACAAGAAGGACCCAAACAGUUCCGAAGCCACACAGCUCCUGGAGCUUUCUGUGUUACAGGAGGCUUUGACCCUGGUAGAGAAAACAGAAGUUGAGGAAAAGAGACUGAUCGGUGCCAGAGCCUGUACACAGGCAGAGGAGAAGGAGGGGCCUGAAGGGAGGAGUAAGGUCCCUCCACCACCCAUCCUGCUCUCUCGAACACAUCACUCCAUGACCUUUGCUCCUGCACCGUAUGCCCUGAACAAACAGGUGCGCUGGUACAACCUUUAUGGACGGGAGGCCAAAGGUAUCAAUCUGAAAGUGCGCCUGGGGGACUGUUCUCUCCCAGGCACAGGAGAGCAGGUGCCUGCUCUAGGAGAGCCCGUUCUGUGGGUGGACGGGCUGGAGCCCAAUCGCACAUACGUGUUUGCGGUGGCUGCGUAUGAUGCCAAAGGGAAGUUGAUAGGGGGUGCCAUCGGAGAGACCACCCGGCCACUGCUGGCCUCCCUUCCCCUGCCCUUGCUGACCGCCUGGGCCUUCCUGGCGCAGGUGGCCUAUCAGACUGGGCUCCACGCACUGGUCGAGAGGGCCUGUGGUGAGCUGUGGGCACACUUUACCCAUGGUCCUCUGCCCAGGAAAGAAGCUCAGCUGGAACCAGAGCCCUAUAGCUCUUUAGAUGGGCUUUCAGUUAUCCGGCUGUGUUCAGAAGCGUUGCAGCACUCCUCCCCCCUUCUCCUUCAGCUCUUCCUCAAAUCCAUCUUCAUGCAAACGGACAUCCACGUUCAGGAGGGUGCACUGUACUGCGAUGUGCUGAGUGAUAGAGGGCCUCUCAUAUGGGGACAGGUGGCACGGCUAGCUGAGUGCGAGCACCUCUUGGUGGCACUGGAUCUGGCGCUGUGGCUGAAUGACACGAGUGCCGCCCUGCAGGCUGUGGUGGGCUGUUACGGCUUACUGGCUCCUCUCAUCUACCACAGAGUCCAGUCCGAGGCCGUGGUGCAGGUGGUGAUAAAGUGCCUGGUUGUCCUUCAGGAGAUCCCUGGAGUAUUCCACCAGAAACAUCCCAUGUCCGCUGCAGAGUCCCUCCUGCACAUGGUGGCCUGCAUGACGUACUAUGUGAGCAAGGUGCUGCGCCUGUCCAAUCAGCACCGCCUGGCUGCAGCCAUGAUUGAUCGGGGCAGGAAGCUUCUGCAGGAGGCCAACGACGCCCUGCUGGCUAUGAGUAAGACGGUGCCAGCCAGUCUUCAUUUGGUCCCAGAACAGAAAGCAGCCAGCAAUCAGUUGGGCAGGGAGUCCAGUAAACAGCUCAGAGCCCUGGAAGCCAGUGCCACAAUGAGCAAGAUAAUGAGCAUCUCCCUACAUGAUGAUCCCACUAGGAAAAGGGCAGCCUAUGACCUGGUGGUCCAGGGGGACAUCUGCAUCCUGUACUCCGUGAUCAUCUCCAGCUCCCUGAAGACGGCCUUCCACGAUGUAAUGAAAUACAAAUGGAAGCCCUUCUUCCUGGAGAUUGCAGUGCACCUGCUCCAAAGGGGGAUUGAGGAGAAUGAGCUGGAGCUGGUGUUGAAAUGGGGGCAGGACAUCCUCGGCUGGCUCAGCAGGCGAAAUGAAGCUUAUAAAAAGGGUAAAAAGAGCAGCACUGUGCAAGGCAAGGGACAGGAUGAGGCGGAGAAGGACCUGAAGAAGUACACCUCCUCCGUCAUCAAGUACAGCAAGAACCUGGCAGGCCGCGCUUCCUGUACUGACAAGAAGUGGAGGAAGCAGCUGGCUACUCUAAGGACCCAAAGCAAGGACUGGGAAAGCUGGGCGCUGAACACCUUGCGGAGGCGGCUUCCGCUAAUGCUGCGUAGAUGCCAGCAGAGGAGGCAUUUGCGUCGCGUGUGCUCCGAGGAGGCGGCCUGGCGCUGCCAUCUUAACCUGAAGCUGGCCGUGUGCCACCUGGCCCUGCUGUACCGGAGCCUGGAGCAGUGGCACGGGCUCCGCGCACAACAUAGCUACAGCCGUCUGGACCCAAUGCUCUUCUCCCUGGCCAGUGUUGGUUCCCUGGUGAACUGGAGGAAUGCAGCACAGCACACCCAAACCCCAAAAACCCCACCGCCACUCCCCAAGGAGGUCCCUGAGCCCCUUGAGAAGAUGUGUCUUCAGAAGGCAGGGAAGGAGGCCACCCCAAGCAGGGAAGCAGAGGAGGAGUCUAACAUUGUGGAGAGUGAGGUCGACAUUGACCUAAACACUCCCCGGACCCAGGUGACCAACGACUCAGACUAUGGGGAACCAUCCAUGGUCUCGGAAACAACCGUGGCCCGCACCAUUCCCCAGCAUCUGGAUUCUCUGACUAAGGCAGCUUUGCACUUGAGGCGAGCCAUGGUGCUGGCCCACCGCGGGGCCCACUGGACAUCUUUGCAAUGGACAUGCCGAGUGCUGUGGGACCAGACCAUUGCCAUUACCCAACUGGUGGAGAGAGGGUCUUUCCAAGGGGAGCCCAGCUCCCUCACCCUGGACCAGGUGUACACUGUUGUGACUCCACUGCUAAUCCUGGCUGCUGAUCUCCUUCUGGACAUGAUGUACAGAGCUCAGCUUUGGAAGGCCUACAAGGAAGAUGACAAUGAGUUAGAGGCUAGCAUGCAUUUCUCUGGCUCAGUGGAUGAUACAACGCUGAUGGAUUUCCGCUGGCUGAAGGCACUGGUUCUACGGGUGCUGGAGCUUCUCUACCUGCAGGAGAAGUGGGAGACCCUGGCACACCUGGCACUCCUCUUUAAUGGCCUGACUCAUGAGCGUUACACCCACGCUGUCACCCCACUGUUGGUUCAUGCCCAGAGGAAGUUGCUGGAGAGGGUGCAUCAGUUUGGGGGCCCAUCGCCCCCGCAACCCCACUUCUCCAGAACCGAAAAACUCAUGGGGGUGAAGAUUACCUCCAGGAACUAUGUUGGAAAGCAGCUGCUAUCAGCAUGGACGUCCAAAACAGGGGGUCAGGAGUCAGCAGAGCUGCAAAGAGCCCUGGUGUUGAUUUCCGUACCCCUGGAUGUGGACGACGCCCUGUUCUGUUUCCGGGAGAUGGCAGAGAAAGGCAGUUACGCGGUUCAGACCUUUCGACACAGCCGCACACUGCUCCUUUUGCUGCUAGCUGACACACAGCCCAGUUUUGAGGUCCCCUUCUGCAAGGAAGGCACUGGCCACUCUCAGAGUAUGGUGGAGUUCAACGUGGACACCAGUGCUGCUCUGAGCAUUGGCCCUGUUGACCUCUCCAAUGAGGAUUUCAGCGCACCGAGCUCCAUCUACAGCUCCCCCCUACCUGCAUCCCAGCUACAGACUGUCAUCUCCUCCUACACUAACUCCAUCAAAUACCUCCAGGCUAAUAACCUGAACUCCCUCUGUGUCCUGGCGCUGCAUGAUCUGGGAAACUUGUACUUCUACAAGGGGAACAAAAGGGUCGCACACACAUAUUGGAAUAAGGCUCUAGACAGCGCUCUGCAAUGCUCGGGAGUCCUGGAGUCAUGGGACGGGGUCUCGUGGGCUGGUUGUGCCCCCCAGGAGGUCUUGUAUCAUGCUGGCAUCUGGGGCUGUCUGCAAGGAGCCAUGAUAAGCGCCAAGAUCGCCCAGUACCUCCUGACCUCAGAUGUGAGUCAGCGCACUAGAUGCUGCCUGCUCUCCGCCCUGCUCUUCAGGACAUUGCUGGGUGCAUCACUGCCACACCCUCAGCCCGACUGGCAGUACUCCUUCUAUGUGCCAGGCCCGGAGUUGAUCCCAGGGCUGGAUCUGUUCUCCGAUCCGCUCCGGGCUAAUCUGGGUACGGCUGUGUCUAGCCUGUCCUUCCUCUGCCACUGGCUCUACGCUUCUUCCCACUUCCUCAAGAUCUUGCCCCCGUUGUCUCUCUACCUUCACGUAGUUGGUACUGUCUGUCGAGACCCACAACACGUCAUCAAGGGUCGCAUAUUAAAGGUCAGGGUGCUGACGGAGAUGGGCCUAUUCAGAGCUGCCAUAAGAGAGGUGGGCACCCUGCUGCGGGGGGAGAACAUCCUACAGCCUCAUGGCAGCUUUCUGGCUGUAGACAAACAACAGGUAAAGGAGUUCGACACCUCAAAGCCCCUUCUUGAGCCAUGUAAUCUAGAGGCCAUGGGAGAGCUGGCCAACUGGCAUCUGAACCCAGAACUGGCCUUGCUAUUUGGACCCCGGAUGAGCCGGAGGCUGGAAGUAGCCAGAGCACAACUCCUGCUAGCCAUAAGCUCCUCCAUCCACUGUCUGCCAGAGCCCCAGGGACAGAAUAUUGGAGCACAGGGGUACCCAGACGCUCUAGCACAGUAUAGCUCCAGCAAUCCUGAGCUGAGGGGCUCGCCCACCAGUGACAGUGAUGACGCUCGUACGGGAGACAGGAAGCCCGUGGGCCUGUGGUUGGACCCAAAGAAAGAGAAUGUCACCCCCAGCAAAGUCAAGGCCCUGCUGCUGAGGGAGGUGACUCGUAUCCUGAUGCCUCUGCUCUCCAGCACCCAGCUGCCGGUGCCGGAUGCAGAAGAGUUGGAGGUGGCCGUGGAGGUCCGGCUGCUGCUCUCCGCUGUUUCUCUACGGCAGGGCAAAGCUGCUUCCAGUGCAGACCAGGCAGUUGCAGCCCUGCACCUGUUCCAGGACUCCCCCCUGCUUGGGGACAGGAACUUGUCUCCUACCCACAAAGUCCCCUCCUCAAACCUGAGGCAGUCCAGGGCCAGGAGCGAGCAGGGCAGUCUGAUGGAGGCUGAUCUUGACUGUGGACCCUGGCUUGGCGACCUGCCCUGCGUGGUGGAGGCCAGCGAGCGACUGGGAGCUUUGUGGCUGCGCUGCAGGCUGACUGUGGUCAGAGCCCUAGCGGAGCACUUUCCGGGGACAGCCAUCCACCCAGGUGUGGACAGCAGCACCAAAGCUGCCAAGGUCCUGGAAGAGGGUCUCCAGGACACUGAAACCUGGUGUGACCCCGAAACGAGAGCACUCUUGCUCCUGCAGGGGGCGAUCUUGGCCAUACAUAGCGGGAGGCCAAAGGACGAGAGCGCCUCUCUGCUGCAGGAGGCAGCUAACCUGCUUUCAGAUUGCCGCUGUCUGUCCACCCGUGCGGCUCUGACCUUAGCAACCGCCAACCUGCAGCUAAGUGAGCUGAAAGGCCCUGAUGGCUACAACCUGCACACUGUUAUCCAGAAGCUCCUGCAGCAGCAGCUUUCUGCCCUGGGGGAGCACAUCACCCUUGGAGAAGGGGGCCAAGUUGUCCUUCUCAGCUCCCUUGGAAUAAGGAACAUGUAUCUCCCACAGCUACCCCUGCUGGCCAAGGCCACCAUGCACCUGGGUAAUAUGCUGCAGGGGGCAGGUUAUAUUCCAGGUGUGGUGGACGGGCAGGUGUGUUAACGGUAUGUUUCCACAGGUCGAUGUCUGGUUCUCCAGGCUGUGGACCCUGACCAGUGGCUCUCCGCACAACGUACCUUGGACUCGGCACUCCGGGUCUCCCAGGCCUCAUCCAGCAGGGAUAAGGAGCUGGAGGCCGACAUCCUCUACUGCAGAGGCCUGGUGGAGUCUAGGCUGGUCUCUCUCAAUGAGUGUCAGCCCCAGGAUGCGGUGGACACCUUCCUGGAAGCCAUCAGCAUUGCUCAAUCCCACAGUCACAACCUAUGGUUUGUACGGAGGUGUUACUUGGAGAUAGCCCUGGUGUACCUGCAGCAAUGGGAACAGGUCUGCUCAGCAGACCACCGUAGCCCAGAGUCUCCAUCCAGGACUGAAGAGAACCAACAACAGCAGCCCACCUUGAGCAGAUCCCUGAUCUGCUGCGAACUCCAGCCACUCCUCUUCUCACUGUGCCUGAGGGCAGCUGCUCAGGUGAGCGAGGCCCAUGCCAACCGGGUCCUGCUCUGCGGGGUCUCAGGUGGGGCUGGAGGAGACAACGUGCAGCUCUCUGCCCUUGAGUUUCUACCUGAGUUUGUCUCCAGCGAUCUGCUCAUCCCCUGCGGGGGAUUGGAUGAAGCGAUCAAGAAUGACUCUAGCCCCUCCCCAGAUGAUGACCGUUCACCUACUGGUCAAAAGCACACCCAGCUCACCUGGAUUCACCUUGCUCGCUACCAAGCCCACCUCCUCAACUUGCACCACAUUGCCACACGCCCAGUAACUCACGGUGGUUUGGAGGGCAUGUGCUCACUGGGUUUGGACAGCAGUCUUACCCUGAGGCUGGCUCAGCUGCACAGCUUCUUCAGUGCCUGCUUGCCCUCCUACAGGAAGCGGUGUUGUGCCCCCAAACCCCUCACCGCCCUGUUGAAGCCCAGCACCCCCCAGCCUGGAGCACCGCCUGCAGCGGACCGGGGUGUAUCGCAGGCCGCGAUGCGUCUGUCCCCCUUGGUGUGCGCCGACAAGGAGCAAGUGUGCAUGCAAUGGCACCACCCAGUGCUAGACGGGUCUUCACAGCACCAGAACAUGGCUCUGCUCCUCUUUGCCUUCCAUCCCGACCCUCUGUCUGCUCUGGGGCCCACAGCUGGCGCUGUAUCGCAGCUGCACUGUGGCCGGUUAUGGGUCUCCUUGGAAAGCCUGGAAGCUAUACAUGCCCAGCUGUGCUGUCUGUGUGCCGGAGCCACUGUCUCUCCUUCGCCUCCCGCCAGUCCCAGUGUGCAGAAGCAGCAGAGUAGCAGGAGCUCAGAGAACGGACGAUCACGGGACCCCCACACACAGGAGCUGCAGGAGAGGACCAGAGCCUGCUUGGCUCAGAUCAGAGCCUUGCUGAAGCCCCACUCAGAUCCGACUGACAUCAGUAAAGAGCCACCAGAGCCAGAUGUGCAGAGCCUGGGUGACCUGGAGCGCUGCUUCAAUCCUGCAGGAGGUGCUGUAGUUACAGAGGCUGCACUGGUUUCAUGGCUGGCCUCCCUGCUGCUCUGAGCGCCACACACCCGCCCCCCCUCCCUCACCAGGACCCUAGCGACCAAUGCUGCACCUAGCAACUGGCAGGGAACCGCUGCAAACCCCCCAGAUGGUUCGAGCAACAGACACUGCGUCAAAACCUGGACCUGCUUUCUCCCUUAGAAAAACUUAAU